GACUCCCACCCUGGUGACAUGGGGCACCGUGGCCGGUGUCGGUGUCAUCUGGGCCACAGACUGGAAGUUGGUCCUGCAGUAUGUUCCGUACAUCGGUGGCAAGUACAAGACUGAAGACUGA